AUGGCCUGCUUCAUGGAUCCUCGGUUUAAAGCAGGCUACGUCAGUGGUGACAAGUUGCAUGAAAUCAAAUCCCGAGUGAUUUCAGAAAUUGAAGCAACAUUCUCAAAGGAGGAAAGCCAUGACGCACAACAAGACAGAAUGGAUCCACCAGAAGACAAACAGAAGACGUCCAAAAGAUCCCUAGGCAGCUUUUUCAAGUGUGCCCUGGCCCCAAGAUCUACUACAAUAUCAUCACAUUUGGUAGAUGGGGAACUCAACAGCUACCUUGUGUCUCCCACCAUCGACAGCGAAGAUCUCUGUUUUGGUGGAAUGUUCAUCAGGUUAAUUUCCCGCAUUUGA